AUGGAUUCUACAACAGAUAGUUGGAAUAAAAGUUCAUUGAACGACCGCAAUGAAGUAUCAGCACCGGAGUCAACACAUCAAAAUUAUACUCCUGCUGGUGAUUCAUAUGUUCAGAAAGGAAGAACUGAAUCAAAACAAGGUCAGCAACAUGCGGAAAAUAUUGUUUCCAAGACAAAAAGAAUUCUACAACAACAUUGGGAUCAAACUCGUCAUUCACUUGUUGAAGCACGAAAACGAACCUCUCAAAUGAUACCGAAAUCAGCCUGUAAUCUGGUUUAUUGGCGAAAACCAAUUCAAUCUGGCAUUUUUUUUGGUGUUUCAUUAGCUGUUAUUAUAACAUUCAUGUGUUUAUCAUCAUUGGCAGCCAUUUCAUUUUGGUUACUAGCAUUUCUUGUUGUUGUUGGACUCAGUAAAUUCUACAAUUAUGUCAUGGCUACAUUCGUUGGUUCUGCACGUCAAGACAUAUUUGAUUCAAUAUUUCCAUCUGAUCUAGCUAUCUCGAAACAACAGACUGAUGAAUUGGCCAAACAGAUACAAGUCAAUGGAACAAGCUUAUUAAAACAUGCAAGAAAUAUUUUCUUAUGGCAAAACUUAACAAACUCAGCUAUGUUUGGUCUAGUACUUUUCAUUUUCUUCUACAUUGGUCUAUCCAUUAACACAUUAACAUUGGGACUUGUCGGCUUAAUUUUCUUAUUUACUGUACCAAAAAUUUAUGAAGUAUAUCAAGUACCCAUUGAUCGUACUGCUAAACAAGUACUCGAUCAAAUAAAUCAACUUUUGGCCAAAGUAACAGCAAAAUUGCCAAAUAAAGCGAAAAAACCCUAA